AUGAGGUCUGCACAACAAGGGAUAGGAGCCGGGACUAGGGGCCGCAGCACCGUCGGCACGCGGGAGGGCACAACCUCCACCGUCAACGACGGUAGCCGACCGGACACACUAGCAGGAGCCUACCAGGCCCGUGUGCCCACAGGCCCGGCCGGGAACUCCAUUCCCGGAAAGCUCCCGCCAUCGCGCUGCAGCAGGCACGCCAUCGACAUCGCCGCCCCCCAUCCGAGUCGCUCCUCCUCCUCACCACACAGACGACGACGAAGCCACGCCAGGGACCGGCCCGCUAGGACCCAGAUGGGGCCGGGAGGGCCCAGAUCUGGGCCGGGGACGCGCCGCUGGCCGCCGCACGCCACCACGCCGCCCUGCUGCCAAGGGCAGCACCGCCACCGCGCCUACCGCCGGCGACCGCUGCCGGGUCGCCGGGCCGCCACCCAGCCGAGCAUCACCGCCGCCGUCACCAGCCCCGGGAGGGAGACGAACGCGCGGGUACAGAAGGGCCCGCCGCCGCCGGCAGCACCCGGGCCAGCGCCGGGGCACCCGCCGGCGGCAGCGGGGGAGAGCUCACGGGGGUGGCGGUCGAGGAAAGAGGAGGGACGCGCCGCCCCGGCCACCUCCCGGGGAGGCGCCGCAGGGGCGGGAACGGGAUGGGGAGGGGGAAGAGGGGGGCGGGGAGGGCCGGGCGCGCGAGCCGGCGGCCGGCAGCGGCGGGAGGGGGCUAGGGCGCCGCCGGUGGCGGCGGUGGAACCCUAG